AUUAAAAGUAAUAUACGAAAAGUUUUUCUGUAGAAAAGCAUACGUGAAAUUCUACUGGGCUACAUGAUACAGGAUAUACAAAUAUAGUGGAACGGAGCUGAAGAAAAACGAUUUAGUUUAAAAACACUAUCACCAUAUUAAAAAAAAAAAAUUAAUAUCAAGAUGACAUUAUAUUAAAAUCAAACCAUUGGCCACAUUUAAAAGUUAAACAUUUUAAAUAGACAAAAUGUCACCGAAUUCAACCCAAGUUGAAUAUGUAUUAAAUGAAAAUGAAUAUGAAAAAAUAUUUCGUAGUAACUUGUCGAAAGAGGAAACUGAUAUUGAACUUCCUGAAGAACGAAAAUACAAAUAUCGGUGGGGUUUUAUUGUAUAUUUAAGUUUAUUCCAUAUUCAAGCAGUUUAUGGAAUAUAUUUAUCAUUUACAUCAGCUAAAUUAUUAACAACUAUUUUUGGAACUGCUUUACAUUUUGUAGCAUUAUUUGCCAUUACAGCUGGAGCACAUCGUUUAUGGUCACAUCGUGCAUAUAAAGCUACUUGGCAGUUAAAAUUAAUACUAGUGAUUUGUCAGACUCUUUCAUUUCAGGGUUCGGUAUAUCGAUGGUGUCGAGAUCAUCGAAUACACCAUAAAUAUACUGACACAGAUGCUGAUCCACACAAUUCCAGACGUGGGGUAUUUUAUUCGCAUAUAGGUUGGAUACUGGUUGAAAGACAUCCACAGUAUGUGGAAAAAAUAAAAUUGAUUGACUUUUCUGAUUUAAAAAAUGAUCCAUUACUAAAAUUUCAAAUAAGAUAUUACUACCAAUUGUUGUUCUUAUUGUGCUUUCUUUUACCAACAAUAGUCCCUUGGUUCUUUUGGAAUGAAACCUUUAAAAAUUCAUGGUUUAUUUGUGUAUGUUCCCGUUAUAUAUUGACACUAAACGCAGUAUGGUUAGUAAACAGUUGGGCACAUAUUUGGGGCACCCAACCAUAUGACACGCGUAGCAGUGGACGCGAAAGUUUUUUUUCCUCAUUAAUGACUGUGGGUGAGGGUUGGCAUAAUUUUCAUCACACUUUUCCGUGGGAUUAUAGAGCCAGCGAAUUAUGUGGUUACCUUGUGAAUCCAACGAUGAUAUUAUUGCAACUAUUUGCUAAAAUUGGUUGGGCUUACGAUUUGAAAACUGUAUCUGAUGAUAUGAUUCGGAAGCGUAUUAACCGAACAGGUGAUGGUUCACAUUCAACAGGUAUUUGGGGUUGGGGUGAUCACGAGCAAUCUGAUGACAAUAAAAGUUUUGUAAAAAUUGAAUAUAAAAAACAGCUAUAA